AUGAUGAUGAUGGGGACCAAUGGCUUAACAAUAUCAAUAGUGUUGCUUUUAUUUAGCUCAACCCUUCAAGUACUGCAGGCUGCCGGUACGUUCGAUGUUACGAAAUACGGUGCGAAAGCUAACGGAGAAGCCGAUAUUAGCAAGGCUUUAUUAAGUGCAUGGGAUGCAGCAUGUGAUUCAGUUGGUGUAAGCAUUGUUUUGAUUCCGAAAGGCAAAUAUGCAUUACGUCAGGUCGAUAUUUCCGGUCCUUGUAAGGGUUCGAUGGUGCUCCGAGUCGAAGGAACAGUCGAGGCACCGGUCGACCCUAAUGAGCUCAAAGGCGAUUUCUGGAUUGCUUUUAGUCACAUUGAUCAUUUUAAAAUUACCGGCGGUGGAACUUUUGAUGGACAGGGAGAAAUGACAUGGAAAAAGUAUAAUUGUAUGGAGAAAAAAGGAUGCAAGGCCCUUCCCAUUAGUUUGAGGUUCAAUUUCAUCGAUAACGCCAUAAUCGAAGACGUAACAUCCCUCGAUAGCAAGAAUUUCCACGUCAACGUCAUGGGCUGCAAAAACAUUACUUUCCAACGAUUUAAUGUCGUGGCACCGGGGCACAGUUUGAAUACAGACGGAAUUCAUAUUGGGCGUUGCAACGGAGUCAAGAUUGUCGACAGUUCAUUCGCUACCGGUGACGAUUGUAUCUCCAUCGGCGAUGCUAGCCAGCAAAUAACAAUUAAAGGAGUAAGAUGUGGACCUGGACAUGGCAUCAGUAUUGGAAGUCUAGGAAAAUAUCCGAAUGAAGGACCUGUUUCUGGCGUUGUGAUUUCGAAUAGCACCAUUUUUAAUACCGAUAAUGGUCUCAGGAUCAAAUCUUGGCCGGCUAUGGAAAAUGGCAUGGCUUCUAAUUUGCGGUUUGAAGACAUUAUAAUGAAGAAUGUGUCCAAUCCUAUUCUCAUUGAUCAAAUGUACUGUCCAUGGAAUCGCUGCAACAAGAAUGGCCAUUCAAAAGUUAAAAUCAGUGAUGUGAGCUUUAAAAAUAUAAGAGGUACUUCUACGACACCAAUUGCAGUUCAACUAAUUUGCAGCAAAGGCAUUCCUUGCGAGAAUGUGAAACUUAGCAACAUCGAUAUCAAAUUGCUCGGCGGAGGUGCCACAAAAUCUCAAUGUUCCAAUGUCAAGCCCAUAAUUACUGGACUAGUUCCUGCCGGAUGUUAAUGCAAAAGAGUUUAACUUAAUCUCAUUUUCA